AUAUUUCUCAGAUCCAGGUGAUUUUGCAGAGUUGUGAAGAAUAAUUAAAAGAAAGAUGAAAUACUUCAAGAAUAAUCUAAAUUCGAAUUCGUCUUUUUAGAGUUUAAAGAAAGAAAAGGAGGAAUUGGAGAAAGAGAUUUCGAUUUUCGAGGCGAAAAGAUUUUGAAAUCAGAGACCGCGAAGAGCAAAUCAUGGUGUGAAGUGGAGAGAUGGCGGUGGUCGAAGGGUUCUUUUGAUUUCAUUUGAAUCCAAUUCAAUUCUUCGAACUGAGAGACAUUGCGAGGCAAGUUUCAGGAGAUACCGGUGGUAGAUUUAGGGUUAGGAUAAUUUUGUUUCAAAUUCUGUGAGAAGAGGAGGACUAGGUUUACAGUCUAGGGUUUUUGUUUGCGUUUUUCUUGAAAAAAUGACUGACGUGAUGCUGCAUAUAUACGACGUCACGAAUAGCGGAUCAGAUAAGACCAACAAUACAAUUGUUAAUAUCAACAAGAUCUUCAAGGAUGGAAUUGGUCUAGGCGGUAUCUUCCAUAGCGCUGUUCAGGUUUAUGGAGAUGAUGAAUGGUCUUUUGGGUUUUGUGAGCAAGGAACUGGAGUUUUCAGUUGCCCUUCUGGACAGAAUCCGAUGUACACAUAUCGUGAAAGUAUUAACCUUGGUAAAACAAACUGUUCAAUUUUCAAGGUGAAUCAGAUUUUAAGGGAACUUAGUAGAGAGUGGCCUGGAAGUUCAUAUGACUUACUUUCAAGAAACUGUAACCACUUUUGUGAUCAGUUCUGUGAAAUGCUCAGUGUAUCAAAACUUCCAGGUUGGGUUAAUCGGUUUGCCAACGCUGGUGAUGCUGCAUUGGAAGUAGCUGGAAACACAGCCGUUCGUUUCAAGCAAGCGAAAACGGAGAUCAUAUCGGCCAGCAAAGUGGCUUACCGUUUUAUUCUAGGGGCCACGAACAAUGUCAUAUCGCCCACAGAGUCUACAGAUGACUCAAAUAGAGGUACUUCUAGAUUUCAAGCUGCAUGGUUUAAGAAUCUUAUUACCACAGGUGCCAAACCAUCGAGUAGUUCAGAAGUAGAGAAUGAAGUUGAAGAAGGUGCAGCAGAGCAACAACGCAAAGCAAAUGAAGAGACACCAAUAUUGCUCAAUUCACGAGCGCAUCAAGACAUGUGAAAACAUUGUUAGGUAAAAGUGGAAAUCUGUGUUGAUGAUCUUAGGUUCAUUUGUUUUUUUAAGUGUAAAAUUUCAUUUUUAUCACUGAGAAAUAUAUAUGUUCUGUGUGCGUUUUAUAAGUGGGAAUCGUGUAUGAUGAUAUUCUGUGCAGAACCCUGCAAGUUGAUAUUUUAUAGAUAAUGCAACCCAUUUCUUCGCUUCUCAA